GGGCUCACUAAAUAUGACCGUUACGAAUGAGGCAAUCCCCGCAGUUUAAAUAUGUGGAGGAAAACAUUUCCAUUUCCUACAACAAAGCAAUCAAAUCUAACAAGCUCUCUCAUAUCUCACGCUUACCAUUUUACUUGCUCUUCCAUUUAAGUUUUAGUUUUAAAUUUUUUGAAGUUUUAGUUUUAAAUUUUCAGCUUCCUUCCAAUAAGAACGUUAUCAUCUACUUACUAUACGAGAUGGCAGAAAUGAAAGAUGCGCAUGUCGUCGUGGAAAUCCCAGUCGACGAAGAGCAUCAACAGAAGAAGCAGAUCGCCAUCUCUUCUGCAAUUCAGCACCAUCCAUUAAUGGAGAUCUCGCGAAGCCCAGGCCACCUCUUACUUCUCAAGCUUUGGCAACGAGAGGAGGAGCUCUUCGGCCGCAGAAUCGCGGCCAAAGAGACAAGGCUGGAUUUCAUCAGACGCGAGAUCUUCCAACUCUGCUGUUUCUUCUUCACGUUCCACGGAUUUUUCUUCACCAUAUUGUUCACUUCCUAUUCGGAAGACGGCGACGGCGCGUGCCGGAAGUGGUGGAUCCCGUCGGCCGUGUCCGCCUGCACUUCACUUUUCAUUGCUUUUCUUGUUCAGAUGAAGCUUUGCAGGUUCUGGAAGAUGUCGAGGCAGUUGCAGAGGGAGAGGAACGAUAGCCGCGCGGUGACGAGGUGUAUUCAGGAGCUGAGGAUGAAGGGGGAGAGCUUCGAUCUGUCGAAAGAGCCUCUUCAGAUUGGGAAGAGGAUGAAGAGUUCCAGUGUGGAGAUCAAGUGGAGGCCUCUCACUUGCUGCUCUCAAUACGCAGUAACCGUUUGCCUUGUUUGCUUUGCAGGUCUUCUCUUCCCAGCUUCAAGGUUCCUCGUCUGCGCUUGAAAUCCCAAACCGGCAAACCCUAAGUCAACAACUUUUUGGAGCAUUGAAAUGAAAUCAUCCAUUCGUUUUAAGAUGGAAUAUCAACCAUGGGAAUGAAGCGUUCUUGGUCCGAUUGUUCCUGUGAAUAGGACACGCAAAGAGGGCAAUGUCGCAUUACAUCUAUGCGAGAUACAAAAGCAAAACUACUUCAAUCUCCAGCUUGAAAGUCAGAUGUUCAAUUCGAUGCCAAAAAACCUCAAUCUUUCAGAUCGGUGGGUUGCCAAGUUCCUUCUUGUGGAUGGUUAUUGCAAUUUUGCAUCAAUCUUGGAAAGAAGAAUAUUCUAGCUCUGCACCCACGACUCCAAUUACCAACACUUCAGUUUUCAAUUGGUGGGGCAUUAAGAUCAAGCAAACUACUUCAAAGAGUUGGCAAGCUGCUAUAUUUUACAAGAGCCACCACCUACUUCAACCUGCUACAUUUACAAGUUGUCUAUUUCCAAGGAUUAAAACAUUGUUCAAAGCUUUGCACCCACAACACAAUCGGUGACAGGGUUUUGCAUUUGUAUCACUUGAGCAACAAAUUAUCAGCACUGCUUAAUAAGCCCAAAGUAACACUACUUGUGUUAAUUCAAUUGUAAUUGCCUCCUCAGACAUCUUUUUACAUUAAUAAAAAGUAUUCCUUUCACA